UUAAAUGUUGUUUUUUUUAAACAACAAGUACAGUUUCCCACUAACAACUAAAUCCAUUCAAGGAGAGAUUAAUAUACUGGUUAACAAUAUUUAUAUUUUUAAUAUUAAUCAAGAGCUAUUACUACGAUCCCUUAUCUCUUAGUCAUCGUGAUAAGAAUUUGCAAUAAGUAUUACAUUUAUCUUUAUCCCUCGCAGUAGCACUAGAAUAACGUCAUAAUGUGCAUUAACUUCAAAUUUUGUGUUUUUUUGUUAAUCGCUUCAGCCUAUGGCCAAAAAUGUUCUUUUAAACGGCCAAACGGAACUGAAGUAUCACCAGACGAAAUCAAAUAUGGAAUCGUAUUAGAUCCGAUUCAAGAUACUACUAGCCCUGGACUUAUAUUGUUAAGUUAUAGUACAACUGAUGUAAGUUCCAUUAUGAACCAAGUAACUUCAUCUACUAAAGGAUAUUUUUUUAUGACACCAUCUUUUCAAAACAAUCAGUUUCAAGUAGUUUUAGCUGAUAUUUUUGAAGAGUAUGAAAAGUAUGAGACUAAAGAUUCUAACAGUAUCUACGUAACAUUCAACUGUAAUGGAGGAACAUCAACGACCCUGGAAAUAAUCUUACGUAUAAUAGACACAAAUAAUCAUGAUCCGCAGUUUGUAAAUGCGCCAUACAGUUAUAAAGUAUCGAUGCCCUUACCGAAGAACUUUCCUCUGCAUCUUCUCUACGGAAUUUCAGCUAGAGAUGUCGAUUUGACUAACAAUAAUAUAACGUUUUUUGUAAAUGAAUCUGACAUCAAUAGUCAAGGAUUUUCUGCGUCCUGGUUAGCAACUGACUCAGUUGAUACUAAAUUACAUCGUGCUUCAUUAAUCACUACAACUGCUAUUAAUUUUAAAAACGACUUCUCAUUCAAAGUUUACGCUCGAGAUACAGGAAGUAAUCCCAGAACAGUUUCUGCGCCAGUGACGAUAAUAGUUGAUAAAGAUAAUUCUAUUUUGCGAUUCGCAAAACCAAUUUACAUUGCGGAUUACAGUGAUCUGACGCCUGAAGUGGCUAAUGGAACAAUAUUUACAUUUCAACAAGGUGAUAUUUUAUUGAGCGCCGGUGCUGAUGAUUCUGUUAAAUAUUAUCUUCAGGAAGAAUCAAAUGAAUAUCAAGAAAAUUUUCACUUGAUUACACAUUCAAAUGGAUCAAUACAAUUACAAUUGAUAAAUCCUCCCAGCAGAUUUUUCAAUGAAAGUUUUGUUUUAUUGAUACUUAAUGCGACAAAACCGGGAGUCGAUGAUAUUACAGUUUUGCAUAUUUCUCUUCCCGGAAGAUCAACAUAUAAAAAUUCUUCAAUAUCCACAACAGUAUCACCUAAAAUAGAGUCUAGUAAUGAUGAUAGUACCGACUCUACAGCUUUAAUUGUUCUAGGAGUUUUGUUGGCCGUAGUUACGAUCGCGUUGAUUGUUAUGAUCAUCAUUUACAAGAGACGAAGUACAUCUGUAGUGACGGAGAAAGUAAAUGGCAUUCAAGAAAAAAAUGAAGAUAUGGUGGAAGUUGAAAGAAAUAGUUCAAAUCCAGUUUCAUCUGCGAGAAGAUCAGUUGCGUUCAAUGACAUCGUUGAGGAAAUCAAAAUUGCUAGACUAUAAUAAGUCGCUAUUUUAACAUAAUAAUAGCGUAACCCGGAAGCUCACUUACAGGAAAUUAUAAAUUUACUCAUACUUAUUUUUAAGUAAAACAUAAAAUAAAAGUCAUUUUUUACAAGACUAAAUAUUUAAGAAAACACCUAAAAUUUUAUUAUUACAAUGCUUAAAUAAUUAUAAUUAUUUAAUAAAAUA